CGGUCCCUCCCCGCGUGGCGCAGCUCGGCGCGCGCGGCGCAAUGGAUGCGGAGCGCGGCGCCCUGGCCGGGAUGGUGAUGUUGGGCUGCUUCUCCCCGCCGUUCCUGGGCGCCGACGACUUCUGCAACGACAACCUCUUUCCGGAGCUGCAGAGACGCGACUCCUUACUGCUUGGCGGCGUGGCAGGGCCCGCUAGCAGCGGCAGCGGCAGCAGCAGCAGGAGGAGGAAGAGGAGGCGUCCCAGGCGCGGCGCGGGCGCGGUGUCGGGGGACUCGGAGCGGCACCGACAGGCGGCGAACCAGCGCGAGCGGCGGCGCAUGGAGUCCAUCAACGCGGCGUUCGAGGGGCUGCGCGCCCACAUCCCCACGCUGCCCUACGAACGGCGCCUGUCCAAGGUGGACACUUUGCGUCUCGCCAUCGGCUACAUCGCCUUCCUGGGCGAGAUGGUGCGCGGCGCGGAGCGGCCCGCGCGCGCCGAGGAGACGCGGGGCGCCGCGCACCACGGGCACAGCAGGAAGGUCGUCAUCAGCCACCGAGCUGCCCGUGCCGCACUCGCCGUUCCCGUGCCGGGGUCGCUGACGAAACGUCUCUUGUUUUUUCUGCACGCAGGGGCUCCCUCUGUGGGGGGGGAGCUGGCGACCGGUCACGACAAGGGUCUCCUGGCUGUGGCUGGCAGGGCGGUGGGGGCCUGCCCCGGGAGCCCCCCACUCAGCGGACAUUCUCUCUCGUGGUCGGACGAGCGCCAGCGGCGAGGGCAGCAGGUGGUGCGGACCGGCCGAGUGUGGACCCCCGAGGAUCCGCGCGGGGGGACCGCGACCCCGGGCUCCCCGCGCCUCGGGUGAGGAAGGGGCCCGAGGCCGGUUCCGGUCUCACGUCUCGGGAACAGGGCCCGUAUCCCAGGCAGAGACUCUACACAGGAACGCGUCUCUUCAUUUCGCCUGGUUAAUCUUUCGAGAUGGAACUCCGCAAUUGCAAGGGGUCCCAGGUUGUUCACUGACACACAGCAAACACGCAAUGCCACUUACAAAUAUCAUCAACAGACUUUAGGAGCUGUUAGGGAGCACGGUUGGCUACGUACGGUGCGAAAGAUGGCUAACCUAUG